UCAUUACGAGUUGGAGCUUGUUUGAACCGGCAGCGCGCUUCCUUUCCGCUGAGAUGUCGAUUGCUUCAGCCGUCAUAUGCACAAACAAAUUAUCAUUGUUCAUUUGUAGACCUCAAUUUGCAAUUGUUGUUGCAAAUUUGCUGCAUUUCAGAAAAAUGUCUGCAGAGGCAGGAAAAGAGUCCAGUCGGCCUCAGUUUGGUGGGCGCAAACUAGUCAACCCAGAAGAUGUCUUUCAACACAAUGCCUGGGACAACGUUGUGUGGAGUGAGGAACACGAGCAACGUGCACAAGAGGCUGUGGCUAAAAAUUCAGCUGUGACGCUUACACCUGACCAGAUACAAGAGCUUGAAGACGAAGCUGCCAGUAACUGGGACAAGUUUUAUAGUAAACAUCAAAACAAGUUCUUUAAAAAUCGAAACUGGCUUUUCACGGAGUUUCCUGAGUUAGCCCUUCACUUGGAAGAAAAUCUAGCUUCAACCAAGAUUACUGCUUGCGAUGCUGAUUCAAGUGAAAUUAAUGAGAGAAUUUCAAGUUCAACAGAAAUUUUGGCUGAAUCUUCUGAUGUCACAAAGCUAUUGGAGGUCAUUGGGAAAUCACCAAUGGAUAAUUUAACAUCAUUUAGAAAUAGUGAAAUAAGUAAAGUCUCAUCAACUGUCAAUAUCAUUUCAAAGCCUGAUGAUACUUCUGACAUGUUCAUACGAUCACAAGCAAGUGAUGAAAAAUUACCGAACUUGCCAUCUUCUUUGCCUGACAAUACAAGCGCGGUACAAGAGAAUGGUUAUCCUGGAGAGAAAUCAUCAUUUCGAGUGCUGGAAGUUGGGUGUGGUGUUGGCAACACAAUAUUUCCAGUGCUGGAGACUAACCCGCAGCCAGAGCUAUUUGUGUAUGGGGCGGAUUUCUCCGCUACUGCCAUUGAUAUUGUUAAGCAACAUAGUGACUAUGAUCCCAAAAGGUGCCACGCGUUUGUUUUGGACAUCACAGAUGAGGAAUGGAAAGUACCGUUCCCACACAGCUCUCUCGAUGUGAUUACUUGCAUCUACGUCCUCUCUGCAGUACAUCCAAACAAACAUGCGCACGUUGCACGCGCGUUGUUCAGAUACCUGAAGCCUGGAGGGGCGCUGCUGCUGCGCGACUACGGCCGCUACGACCUCACGCAGCUUCGAUUCAAGCAGGGCAAAUGUCUGGCUGAUAAUUACUACGUCAGAGGGGAUGGCACUAAAUCUUACUUCUUCACGCAAGAAGAAAUUCGGGACCUGUUCGCGGAGGCAGGGUUUGAGGAGAAGCAGAACAUCGUAGACAGGAGGCUGCAAGUUAACAGAGGCAAACAGCUCACCAUGUACCGGGUGUGGGUGCAAGCAAAAUAUGUAAAGCCUUUUUUGUAAAAUAUAUUUAUUACUCGUGAACAAAGUUCUG